CGGGGACUUCUGGAGAUCACAAAUGCGAACAACACAACCAGCUACAAGUGGAACAGGUUGGUGUCUAGCGGAUGUUCUGGAAAGGAGGGGGGGGGGAGGGAUAUGUUAAUCGUUACAAGGUGGUAUAAAAUAAGACCAUCGGUGAACGCUCCUUCUACUUCCAUGGGCCCACGUUCUGGAACCAGCUCCCCUUCCAUAGGGGUGGGGGGGGGGGGGGGGGGGGGGGAGGGAUAUGUUAAUCGUUACAAGGUGGUAUAAACUAAGACCAUCGGUGAACGCUCCUUCUACUUCCAUGGGCCCACGUUCUGGAACCAGCUCCCCUUCCAUAUCCGUCAUUGUGAAUCUUCGUCCACUUUCAAAAAGUCCCUUAAAACCCAUCUGUUUAGGUCCGCCUAUGACCUGUGAUGCACCUUACUUGCCCUGCCUCAUUUUCUGUCUCGGGUUAAUCCUGUAGUAUAGGGCAAAACGUGCCAAAGUGUCCUCGUUUUAUAGCCAUUUUAAUUGUUUCUAUAGCAUAGUAGUUACUAUCCUAACGUCUCAUUUUUAUUUUACUUAGUUUACAUGUUUUUAAUAAUUGUAAAGCACUUAGAGCUUUAAGGUAAGCGCUAUAUAAAAAUGCCUAAAUAAAUAAAUAAAUAAAUAUUGAAAUUCUUUUAUCGCUUCUGGGGAAGACACAAGUGUUGUCCAUAAAAUCUAAGGAAUAUGAUUUUUUUGCAAAAUAAUCUCUAAGAUAUAUGUAUUCUAAUUUAACAGCCCCUAAAAACUAGACUCGUAUGGAUCCUGUAAAUGAAUUUUUACAUUAUUUUAAUUAAUAUUAAUAUUCAAAUGUCCGCGCCCCCCGCCCCGCCCCCCCCCCCCUGUUUUUAUGUCGCCAACUAUUUCAGAAAAAUCUAAAGAAAAUAUUACGUACCAAGCGCACUUGCGAUAGUUUUAUUUUGUAGGAAUCUCACUUAGCGCAGUUGUUGGGAAUUUUAUUUCGUGAAAUUAGUGUCUUCACAUUUCAUUCAGCUUCCUUUUGAAAAAAAAGGAAAAACAUUUUUUGGUGGUUGGGGGGGUUUGUGAUGGGGGCUGAAAAUUUGAUGGAAUGUGAGGUCAUCGGCAACAAAUUUAUGUGUCAAGUGUAAGCUCGAUAGGUUGACGGGAAGUGAGUCAAUUAGCCGCCCGAAGAUUUCGCCAUUCAGUCAGGAGAAAAAAAAACCACAAGAAAAUCGAAGUUUAAAUGCAAAUGAUUUUAAAAUAGGCGAUAGUUGUAAUAAUCCAUCUAUAAUACCAUACAUAUCUUUGGAAGAUGAUCAAUGUUUUUUUGUUGUUUUUUUUAAAUAGACAAGAAAUAAUUGUUGUAAGGCAUUGUUUGUUAACAUGUGAUUGUGUUACUUGUUUAUUUUACAUAUGUGUUUCAGUACAUCGUCUUCUUCGGUCGUAUUCAACACUACGUCCUUUAAGAUCAAUGUGAUUGUGUUACUUGUUUAUUUUACGAUGUGUUUCAGUACAUCGACUUCUUCGGUCGUAUUCAACGCUACGUCCUUUAAGAUCAAUGUGAUUGUGUUACUUGUUUAUUUUACAAUGUGUUUCAGUACAUCGACUUCUUCGGCCGUAUUCAACGCUACGUCCUUUCAGAUCAAUGUGAUUGUGUUACUUGUUUAUUUUACAAUGUGUUUCAGUACAUCGACUUCUUCGGCCGAAUUCAACGCUACGUCCUUUAAGAUCAAUGUGAUGAUGUCAACAGGUCUCGUUUGGAUAGAAGUUAACAGUAAGUGCAGAGAUUUUAAUUUUGAGAGUUCUCAAAAAGAUGGCACGCUCAAAUCUGGAGAGCGUGCUCCGAGCAGAGCUCCGCAACUGGUGUGCCGCGUCACGCUUGGUGUGCCGCGAGAGGAAGCUGUAGGUGUGCCGCGGCUAAAUCUCCUCAAGAAUGACGGAAAACAUCUCUUUAUUAAUCUAUUAUCCCUUUGUCUAGACCUGCACUAGAUUCCAGCUUCAAAAUCUAUCUUUCUAUCUAUCUUUACGUGCAGUGAAAUGUUUGACUAGUAAGAGAUUGGCUCUGUGAUCUACUGUAGAUAUAGAUAUUUUUGCGAGGAUCUUGUUUGUACACACGUGCACACACACCCCCUCCCACACACAUGUACAUAUCGCUAACUUGAUUUUUACCAUGAAAUAUAUUAACAUUAAAUGACAGAAUCACGAGAACUGUUGUCAAUAGAGUAUUAGAGAAAAUGACAUUUUGUUUUAAAAUAAUCUAUACGAUAUAUGUAUUCUAAAAAGGGUUUGUUUGUUUUCUGAGUUUAUUUUCAUGUAUAAAUGUGUACAAAUGGGUAUAUAUAUAUAUAUAUAUAUAUAUAUAUAUAUAUAUAUAUAUAUAUAUAUAUAUAUAUAUAUAUNUAUAUAUAUAUAUAUAUAUAUAUAUAUAUAUAUGCAUAUUUCUAGUUCCAAUACAUGUGUGCUAUCUCAAACCACAGGGAAUGAAUAUUUGAGAUUUUGGUAACACAAUGGUGGAGCCAAUGUGAAAUGCUGUAAAACUUCACCCAAACAACACAAUAAGAUGUAUGAUACCCAACAUGGACACGUCUUACACAUUAUUUAUGACACAUAUUCUAAAUUAGCAUACAUGUAACGAACGGGAGAGUUAAUUAGCUCAAGUGUAACUAUCGCCUCUAGCUCAAGUGUUACUGUUAUGGUUCUAUCACUUUCAGCCACGCAGGGUGUGAACAUAACAUGUGGGAGAGGACGUGCUGACAGGACGUGUACAGGGGAGGAUGAUGAUAAAGCCGUUUCAGGUAUGAUGUACUUAUUGUGCCUUUGUGUAUAAUGGUUCUGCAAGUAGGAAGUUUUAAGUAGUGGCAAAGGACAGGAGCAAGUACAGGAGCAAGGGCAUGAGCAAGUACAGGAGCAAGUACAGGAGCUAGGUCAUGAGCAAGGACAGGAGCAAGGGCAGGAGCAAGGACAGAAGCAAGCGCAGGAUCAAGGACGGGAGCGAGGACAGGAGCAAGAACUGGAGCAAGGGCAGAAGCAAGGGCUGGAGCUACGACAGGGGCAAGGACGGGAGCAAAGCAAUGAGCAAGACAAGAGCAAGGACAGGAGCAAGGAUAGAUUAAUGACGUAGUUGUCAGCUAGAAAGUGUUGGUGCAAUCCCGUAUCAAAAUGUAACAUUUAAAACUGACGUUAAUUUAAGCUGGCGUAGACCUUGGUUUAAACCAUUUCGAAUUUAUAUUCGUAAUCUAUAUUAAUAAUACAUAAAACCUCGGUUCAAACAAAAAUCCCAGACUGUUCUGCCCCAAGAACUCGAGAGUUACCACCCAAGAACUCAAGAGUUGCCCUGACCGCACACUUGCAGGCCGAAUUUCUCAAGGGCCCAAAGGAAAUAGGUACGAUGAAUGUAAAAAACAAAUUUCCAUUUAUUUGGAUAAAAAAAAAAAUAUCGUAUCUUAUCAUAAUAGGAUUUGUAUAAAUAUAUGAGAACAUAUUGGAGUGCAUACGUAUUUUUUCAUUUUUCUUUUUGUUAGAUUAAAAACUUAGUAAAAUAUCAUCUUAAAUCAUUGGAAGUGAAAAUCCCAUGAAGGAGUGCUAUGACUAUUUGAGGUUAAGCUGAAUCAUGGCCAUGCGCCGAGCUUAGCAGAGGUCUUGUAUUGAGCUCAAUGAAUUUGGUUCAAUUAUGUUUCCUAAAGUGAGAUUGAUAAACCAUUUGCAAAUGCCUUUCAAGUCGAAGGUGUUAUUGAACUGUAGAUGGUGAAUGAGAAAAUUCUUUAGCAAUUCAACAAAAAUUGUUACAUUAAAAAAAAAAAAAAAGAAAUCUUUGCUACUAGCUUAAAGGAUAUUGAUCACUUUAAAUUCAUUUCAUUAUUUUAAAUUGAAAGUUAAAAAAAUUGUUGUAUCCUAAUUAUUUCCAUGCAUAUGAAGAAGCCGGAGAUGCCGUCAUCGCAGCCCUGGGUCUGAUUGCCGGCCUGUCGCUGCUCACGAUGAUCUGCACGUGUGCUGUGUUUGUGUGUCGGGUGUAAGUACCGUUUGAUCUGCGCAUGUGUCGCUCGUGUGUGUCGGGUGUGAGUACGGUUUGAUCUGCGCAUGUGUCGCUCGCGUGUGUCGGGUGUGAGUACGGUUUGAUCUGCGCAUGUGUCGCUCGCGUGUGUCGGGUGUGAGUACGGUUUGAUCUGCGCAUGUGUCGCUCGUGUGUGUCGGGUGUAAGUACGGUUUGAUCUGCGCAUGUGUCGCUCGUGUGUGUCGUGUUUAAGUACGGUUUGAUCUGCGCAUGUGUCGCUCGCGUGUGUCGGGUGUAAGUACGGCUUGAUCUGCGCAUGUGUCGCUCGUGUGUGUCGUGUUUAAGUACGGUUUGAUCUGCGCAUGUGUCGCUCGUCUGUGUCGGGUGUGAGUACGGUACUGCGCGUGUGUCGCUCGUGUGUGUCGGGUGUAAGUACGGUUUGAUCUGCGCAUGUGUCGCUCGUGUGUGUCGUGUUUAAGUACGGUUUGAUCUGCGCAUGUGUCGCUCGUCUGUGUCGGGUGUGAGUACGGUUUGAUCUGCGCAUGUGUCGCUCGUGUGUGUCGGAUGUAAGUACGGCUUGAUCUGCGCAUGUGUCGCUCGUGUGUGUCGUGUUUAAGUACGGUUUGAUCUGCACAUGUGUCGCUCGCGUGUGUCGUUCGCGUGUGUCGUGUGCAAGUUUCCUUUUACAUAAACCGUUUUAUGCGUGUGCCAUGUGUCUUUGUGCCCCGUGUAUAAGAACAUUUCGUUUAAAGACGUGCUACUGUUUGUUGGCCCAUUUUGUAAAUAGAAAAAAUUACUCUUUAUUAAACAAUAUUAAUUUUUGUAAACACUUGGACCCACCGGGACCCACCAGGUUUUUUUCUCAAAAUUUCCGGACCCGUUGUUAAAAAUAAACUGAAACGGUUAAGCCCUAAUAAAUAUUUAUCACCCUGAAUGUUCAAUCUUGAUUAUCCUUAAAUUAUUGAUGCUGUUUGAAAAAAAAUAAAAAAAAUAAUGAGACCCGUUCUAAGCUCCCCGUGUCAGCCCCUAGUCAGAAUGUAGGUCAUCUGUUGUGACGCCACAGCCUUGCUCUCCUUCCCCUCCAGGCACUUACGGUGCGGUGCACUUCCCAAAUGGAUGUCGUCAGUUCUGCGGGCACUUGCCGCGCCGGUCAAAAAGGACGAGGACGUCACCUGCGCUGACACCACAAAACUGGUCAACCAGGUUAGCUUUACGUCACAGUCUCCCAUUGAUUGAUGACGUACAUGUGCAUGUUAUGUUCUCAAUGAGUACCUAAAUAGAUAAAAUGACAUAUUGAAUUGAUGGAUGGAGUUGUCUUUCUUUAUUACUGAAAAGUGGGGGCGGAUUUCUCAAAUAAUUUGUUUAUUUUCGUUUCGUUAAAAAAAAAAAAAAAAAAAAAAGAAAAAAUGAAAAAUAUAAAAAAAAAAAAAACAAAAAAAAAAAACAACUUAAAAAAAAAAAAAAAAAACGGUGUUCUUUGCAAGUUAGAGCUCUUUGACGCCCCGAAUGUCUCGAGCAAUCAAACCACUGCUCAGACAUCACUCAUGAAAGUUGAAAGAUUAUUUUCUCAAAAAACUCUUCAUAGGUUAAAUUUGACAUUAAACACAUUAAUACCGUAAAGAUGAUGUGUACAUUUUUAAAACUAGUUUUUGUUUGUAAUUAAAAUUAAAUUGUUUUUUUUAAAAAAAAAAACAACAACAAAAAAAAUUUGGUACAAUAUUCUGAAACAUGCAUUUGUAAUAUAAGAAAUUAAUAAUUGACAAAUUAUGACACAAAGCAAUUUUGUUGUCAAAAUUCUACAGGAGUCUUCAUCCCCUACAUCUGAAACCUAUAAUCCUAAUGACAGCAUUAUCGAUAUGACCAACAGCCCUGUCGCUGCCAAGCUGGCCAAUGCAGAUCCAAGUC